AUGGGUGGGGGAAAGGACUGGGGGUAUAUUGCACGAUCAGGGAGGAUGGGUGGGGAAAGGGACGGGGAGGUAUACCAAUACGGAGGUGCCGGCGGAUAUGCUGGGCUUCUCGACCUCUUCUGGGCGUCAAAACGCAGACAAAAUCCCCUCAACGUCUGGUCUGGAGGACACGACGGCCUGGCUCUGGAAUACGCCAACCUCGAUCGGGGAGCCAUUUGUAACACCAAACACCGUGAAAAAAUGAUAAAGGGCCGAAUGAAACAACAUUCCAGUCAACAACAGGACGAUGAUGCUAAUACAGAUGGAUAUUCCGUAGCUGAAACAGACAGCCCCAGACGUAAAGCAGCCCAGGCGUACGAGGCUUUAUCCAAGACCACAGAUACAUCGUUUUACGAUGCUCUAAAAGCAGGAGACAAUGGAUUUGGUAGAGACAGCUCCAGCUGUAAAGCAGCACAGACGUACGAGGAAUUGUCAAUGAAAACAGAUACAUCGGUUUAUGAUGCUCUGAAAAAAGGAGAAAAUGGGUAA